AUGACCAUUCCACAAAAACACCCGGAGAGCUGGGAAACCAAAGCAGCAAUUCCGAGGGCAAUUCGUGAUGCUUCCCUGGCCAAAGUGACCCCUCCUUUGACUGAACUUCCUGAAUCUUUGCCGCAAAGCUCUCGGGGCCUUCCAAAACAGCUUCUCACACCUAGAGAAUUCGAUCUUACAGAAAAUUACACCGUGACUGAGCUGCUUGCCAAACUUCACAGCAGGGAACUCUCGUCCGAGGAGCUCACGAGAGCUUUUCUCCGCCGAGCCGCCAUUGCGCAGAAGGCGACCAAUUGCCUGACAGACCUGCUCUGGGAUAAUGCGAUCGAAAGAGCACGAUACCUCGAUUCCCUUCCCGCUCCACUAGGACCCCUCCAUGGCCUACCCAUCUCCACAAAGGAACACCAUGGCGCGAAAGGGGGCAAUGAAACGGCCAAUGCAUCUUACGUUGCGUAUAUUGGGAAGUUCCAAGGAUCUACCGUGUCCCUCGAUAUUCUCUGGGAUGCAGGCUGCGUAUUCUUUGCCCGGACAACGCAGCCUCAAACAAUCAUGCACCUCGAGACAGAGAGCAACAUUUAUGGUCGGACGGUGAACCCAUACAACAGGUUAUUGACAUCGGGAGGAAGUAGCGGUGGAGAAAGUGCCUUAAUCGGUAUGAGAGGGAGUGUCUUGGGUGUAGGUGGUGACAUUGGAGGCAGCAUCCGAUGCCCAGCUGCUCACUGUGGAAUUUAUGGUUUCAAGCCUUCAGCUCACAGAUUACCAAUCGCGGGAGGAACUGGUCAUAUGGCUGGAAGAGAAGCUAUUCUUUCCACUAAUGGGCCUAUGUCAGCUGAUCGGGAUUCUCUGGAGUUAUUCAUGAAAGUGAUGUUGGAUGCAGAGCCUUGGAAACUUGAGCCAUCAAUCAGAGUGGCUCCUUGGAUCCCAUACGGAUUCACUCGGCCAUUGAAGAUUGCUGUGCAGUGGUGGGAUGGUGUUGUGAAGCCCCACCCGCCCAUGAUCCGCGCACUUCGCGAAGUCUCCGACGCUUGUGAGAAGGCUGGCAUGACCGUUGUGGACUGGGAAUGUGAGUCCUUAGACCACAAAAAAGGAUGGGAGAUACUAUCCGGUUUGUAUUUCCCAGACGGCGGAAAGGAGGUCCUUGGUUUGUUAGAGUCGGCUGGAGAGCCCAUCUUGCCAUUGACGAAUUUUAUAAUCAAGGACCAGCCAGCUGUUAAAGAGCUGACUGUCCCUGAGUUGUUCAAGCUAUGCGCCGAGCGAGAAGCUUAUCGUACUUCCUAUGCACGUCACUGGACUAGCACUGGCAAACAAGAUGGCCAAGAAGUCGACAUCAUUCUUUGUCCUCCUUCCUUCGGUGCUGCUACCCCCCACGAGCAGUCGCGCUACUGGGGAUAUACCUCGAUCUGGAACUUGUUGGAUUACCCUGGUGUUGUUUUCCCUGUCACAAAAGUUGACAGAGAGAAAGACAGCAAGGACCUAGACUAUCAGCCAAAGAAUGAGGAAGAUCAAUUCGUAUAUGACUUGUACGAACCGGAUCUGUACGAUGGUUGCCCAAUCAAUUUACAGAUCGUUGGACGCAGACACCACGAUGAAAAGGUUCUUGCAGCACUAUAUGAGGUGGAAAGAGCGAUGGGGAAAUAG